AUGAUAGGGUUAGGUCAAUACGCGGCUCUGAGCCUGGCCACCUUGCUAGGAGUUGUCUACCAUGCCUUCUACACGCGGGAACAGUUCUUCCCAGCCAUGCUCUACCUCUCCACCUCCAAAAUCUGCCUCGUUGUCAUGGGGAAUAUGGCCUUCGUCCUUCUCUUGCUUAUCGGCCAUAUCGUGAAAGCCGUUUUCCUCGGAAAGCUCCGGGAAGCUGAGGUUGAGAGGCUACACGAGCUGUCGCGGCACGAGAUCAUGGAGACGUGCCUCGCGAUGACGAUUUUCCGAGAGGAAUUUACCUUUUCUUUCGUCGGGAUGUUUUCUACCCUCCUUUUCGUGAAGAUUUUCCACUGGCUGGCUCAGAAACGGGUGGAGUAUAUCGAAACGACGCCCGCAGUAUCGCGGCUUUCGCACAUCCGGAUCACCGUGUUCAUGGUGCUGCUCCUGGCGAUGGACUGCGUGCUCGAAUUCCAGGCGGUCUCGUACCUUCUCAAGACCCGCUCCGCUUCCGUCCGGAUCCUCUUCGCCUUCGAGUACUUCAUCCUGGCGUCUGCGAUGCUGGCGAACAUCGUCAAGUACGUGUUGUACAUGGUGGACACGGUGAUGGAGGGGCAGUGGGAGCACAAGGCGACCUACAUCUUCUACCUGGAACUUGUGAAGGACCUCCUGCACCUGCUCGUCUACCUCGCCUUCUUCUCCAUCAUUUUCAUGACGUACGGCCUGCCCCUGCACCUCAUCCGCGACCUCUACGAGACCUUCCGCAACUUCCGCAUGCGAGUGGCGGACUUCAUCCGCUAUCGCCGCAUCACAUCCAACCUCAAUGAGAGGUUUCCUGACGCCACUCCUGAGGAGCUGGAGAGGGCGGACAGCACGUGCAUCAUCUGCAGGGAGGAGAUGACGUCAGCCAAGAAGCUUCCCUGUGGGCACCUCUUCCACGUGCACUGCCUGCGCUCCUGGCUCGAGCGCCAGCAGACCUGCCCCACCUGCCGCGCGCCCCUGCUGCAGCCCCAGGCGCAGCCCACGGCCCCCCCUGCCGCUGCUGCCGCCGCCGCCGCUGCGAGAAAUGCUGCCGCUGCUGCUGCUGCUGCUGGUGCUGCUGGCGGCGUUGCUGCUGGUGCUGGCGGUGCUGGUCUAGGGUUUGGGGUGCCAGGGGGAGCUGGGGUUGGGCCUCUUGCGCCUCCUGCUGCUGCGCCUGGUGUUGCUCCUGGUGCUGCUGCUGCUGCUGGUGCUGGUGCUGGCGCUGCUGGUGGUGGUGUGGGCGGCGUCAUUCCCUUGGGUCAGUUCCGCAUUCCUGCAGGUGGGGGUGCAUCUGGUGCAGAUGAGUCUGGUGACGGCACAUCUGGUGCAGGUGCAUCUGGUGCUGGUGCAGGCGAACAAGCACCUCAGAUCCCCCUCACUGCAGCUCAGGCCCAGGCCACUGGGCCGGCUGCGUCCAAUAGCACAGGUGCAGAUGCCUCUGUUGGCCUGAACAAUGGUGUGAGUGGUAACAGUGGUGGUAGCAGUGGCAGUGGUAGUGGUGGGAGUGCUGCUUCACCUAGUGCUGCUGGUGUGGAGCCCUCCCAAGGAAGCAGAGAGGGGGGACAGGGGCAAACAGAAGCAGGUGAAGGGCAGAGCUAG